AUGGGUUAUCAGAAGAUUGUCAUCAAUGGAGCGAAUAAUGACUGUUGUGUUCUUCUAAUAUCACUGAUCCUGCUUCUUGUAACAUCAUCGUCAGCCACCUUCAACGAAAUACACGAUAUAAAUUUGAAUAACGUACCUGGAGUUUGGCGAGGAAUUCCCGAGGUGACCAUCGAGACAGAAGGUUCUCUCGGCGGACGCAAAUAUUAUCAAAUCUGUGUGGAUGACACUUACUGGAACACUGACAUUGCCGAUACCGUCUGUCAGUAUAAUGGUUAUCAGGGCUGUUACUCCCACACGGUUACUAAUCCGUUCUUUACAGAGGGUGUGCAGGCAGAUUUAGGAAAUAAGUCAGUUACUAUCCUGACCUGUGCCGAAGCAUGCUCUGGUAGUCCAUAUCUAGGACUUACUAACAAUCAGGACUGUAUCUGUGGAUCAGUACUGGGUGAUCGUAGUCUUGUAGGGGUCUGUGAUCUGGGAUGUCAAGGAGAUGAUCUACAGCUGUGUGGUGGAGUGAAUGCUAUCUCCGUGUAUGGUGGUAUGUGCUCUUAA